ACUCCCCGUGUGUCGAGCCCACAACAGUCAGCGGCACGAACAGCCAUUUAUCUGUCAAGUCAGAGACUGAACAUGGAGCAUCUUGUUUCCCUACUCUUUUCCAGUCCCACCACAGUGAUAGGAGCUGUUUUCCUCUUCCUCGUCUUUUAUUUUGUCUCGACUGGAUCCAUCUCUGGGGACGGGAGGAAAGAACCUCCAGGACCCAGAGCGUUGCCUCUGCUUGGCAACCUGCUGCAACUUGAUCUCAACAGACCCUACAGAACUCUGUGUGACCUUUCCAAGACCUACGGAUCUGUAUUUACGGUUUACUUUGGGCCAAGAAAGGUGGUGGUCCUCGCUGGGUACAAGGCGGUCAAAGAGGCACUGGUCAGCUACGCAGAGGAGUUUGGAGAGCGAGAAGUUCCACCUAUAUUUAAGGAUAUAACCGGCGGUCAUGGAAUCCUGUUUUCAAACGGAGACUCGUGGAAAGAGAUGAGACGUUUUUCCCUCUCCACCCUCAGAGACUUUGGGAUGGGAAGAAGAGUGGCGGAAGAAACGACCUUGGAGGAGUGUGCCCAUUUGAUUCAAAUGUUUGAAAAUCAGAAAGGAAAACCAUUUGACACAGCUCGCCUACUAAAUUAUGCAACUUCCAACAUCAUCUCCUCUAUUGUGUACGGACGUCGAUUUGAAUAUAAUGACCCUCGAUUCAGGAACCUGGUGGAUCGAGCCAAUGAGUCCAUACGUAUUGCAGGCUCAGCACAAAUCCAGAUCUAUAACAUGUUUCCCUGGCUGGGCAGAUGGAUAAAAAACCAACAGGUGAUGGUAAAACAUGCUGAGAUGACAAUCAAAGAUUUAAAGGGUUUAGUGGAUCAGCUGAGAAACACAGUGAACCCUCAGACAUGCAGAAGUCUGGUGGACUGUUUUCUGAUUCGGAAGCAGAGAGAUGAGGAUGCUGGUGUUAAAGACACACACUUCCAUGAGGAGAACCUGAUGUACACAGUGUCCAACCUGUUUUCUGCUGGGACCGACACCACAGCCACGACACUGAGAUGGAGUUUGCUGCUAAUGGCCAAAUACCCACAUAUCCAAGACCAGGUCCAGGAGGAGCUGGACAGAGUGGUCGGAAGCCGUGACAUUUGGGCAGAAGAUCGUAAAAACCUCCCGUUCACUGAUGCUGUGAUCCACGAGACGCAGAGACUGGCGAGCAUCAUUCCCACGUCUAUUCCACACAAAACCAGCCGGGAUGUCACUUUCCAGGGAUACUUUAUCAAAAAAGACACGACUGUGUUUCCUCUCCUGACUUCUGUCCUGCACGAUGAGAGUGAAUGGGAGAACCCUCACACCUUCAACCCUUCUCAUUUCUUAGAUAAGGAGGGUAAAUUUCUCAGGAGAGAUGCCUUCCUGCCUUUUUCUGCCGGCCGCAGGGUGUGUCUCGGAGAGGGUUUAGCUAAGAUGGAGCUCUUCCUCUUCUUCUCCUCCCUCCUCCAGCGUUUUCGUUUCACCCCUCCGCCCGGAAUCUCAGAAGAUGAACUGGAUUUGACGCCAGCUGUUGGUUUCACCAUCCCUCCUUUGCCUCAUGAGCUGUGCGCUGUCAGUCGUCAGUGAGGAAGGAAGUGGGCUCUCUGAUAGCUUCCACAUCCUCAGCUAGUGAGCUGGGAGCAUAGGCAGGCACAGAUAUUAAUGCCAUCAUUUGCCAGCAGCACUGUUAUCGCAGAUAAGAUUAAUCAUUAGUUGGAUUUCUUUUUGUCAAGAGACCUCUACAGAUCUCACGUUUUUCUGCCACGCUUUUUUGACAUACCUUUGCAGAUUAUAACUCAGUGUAUCGGUGCACAAGUGUAUCGGAGACUAGAUUAAAGACCAACUCAAGAAGCUCAAAUGAAAAGUAAAACAUUUAAAUAUUUCGAAUAAUACGAAACAAAAGGCUGGAGUGGCAGCAAAAGAGGAGAGGAGAAUUGGACAGGGUAUGAAGCACAAUACCAUCCUGCAGGGAAGUGAGUCUGCAGGGGCUGAUCAGGAAACAGGAGGUUUAAUGGUAAUGGGGAACAGGUGUAGGUGAACGGUUGCUUAACGAAAAAGUACUGAAGAUGCCUGGAAAACACAGAGAGGCACAAGUAAGAAAGGCAAAGAAAAAAACAGAAACAUUAAAUAAACAAAACCUUAAAAUUUAUUUAAUGCAGGAAAAAGCAGGGGAAAUAAUGAACACAAAAGCUAAUUUAUAAUUCUUUAUGUAAAACAUGAAGAACCCUCAACAGCAAUAAAGAACAGUUUUGAUUCCUUUCACGUUGGCAAUGUGUCGUUUUCAAAAGUGAACACAAAGUUUUAGAUUUUCAUGCAGUUUCAUGCUCCUCAUGUUUCUGUUUGAGGUCAUUUUCAGUUAAGACAGGUUCGUGUUGAGCAAAAAUACUAAAGAAUCAAAUUCCAAAGUUCAACAACAUACCUUAGAGCAGCUAAACUGAAAUUCUGAACUAUUUGUACUUUUAGUCGUACCUCUAAAAAACAAAACCAGUUUUUCUUUAAGUGCAUGCAAAGUUAGGAUUGAAUUUCUGUUGCCCAGAUGGUGUUGAAAAGGGGGAGUGGCUGACUAAUCCCAGCUGGGAUUGUUCAGUGUUCCUGCUGCCAGUCAAACAUCAACAGUUGCUGCCAAACUGACCUCCUGUUUCUGUGGGAGAGUCUCGUCUAACAGAGACAGAACUGUGAAAUUCUAGUUGGUUACGUGAGAGGAGUUGGAUAAUACAAUAUGUUCCAAAGAAUGUCUUCAUUCAUUAAAAAACGAAUAGAAAAUAUCUUCAUGUCAUCGUGUCAAUGAAAGCAUUUACGUCUUUAAAAAAGACUUGUGGCAAAACGUAAAAACCAGUUGAAGGCAAAUUUACAACUUUGAAAUGGAGUGUGAAUCAAACUGUUUUAGGAAAAUAAUCUUAUGUUCCUUUUUCUAACUUUGUUUUUCUAUUUAAAAAAAAGAACAAAAAAUACUGUAUACAUCUACUUCUUGUUUCUCAGUUGGAUUUAUUGACUUUGACAUCUUUGACCCUCGAGAGCUGUUGUUGUUCCAAGAAGGGGUUCUCUGCACACUCAGUAGAUGUUUCUCAAACGUAAACACUGAUUGGCUAGUUGUAUUUGCUCUGUUUUUCGAAAAGAUUGGUUCUUCUUUUUCGUUUUUCUUUCACUUUUGACCUUAACUACUUUCACAUUAAUUUUUGCAGUCUAAACUGUUCGAAUCAAAUCGAAAUGUAUCAUUAAAAACAAACGUUUCUUUCUCCCUAUUUCUUAUCUAAAAAAAAUAAAAUAAAAAGAAAGUCAGCUCUUAUAUUGAAAUGUAACCCUGAGUGCGGAAGAUUAUUGCUGACUUUAUUCAAGAGCUUAUAUUUUCAACGUGAGAACAGGAGUAUAUGUCUUUGCUCUCAAAACUUUAUGUAUUUGUUCUCAAAACUUAAAAUGCUCACACUCAAAAACUCUGCUCUUUUUCAAAUUAUUAUCUAGCCUAUUUUUCAACAGUGGCUCAUUUCCAGAUAUGAUGAAAAUAGCUAAAGUAAUUCCAUUAUACAAAACUGGGAAUAAACAUCAUUUUACCAAUUACAGACCAGUUUCUUUGCUGCCACAAUUUUCAAAAAAUUUAGAGAAAUUAUUUAACAACAACUGGAAUCAUUCUUGGGAGAAUAUAAAUUGAUUAGUUAAAGUCAGUACAGCUUCAGGUCAGAACGAUCAAUUGUAUUAGCCAUAAUGGAAUCUAUAGAAGAAAUUAUAUCUGCUAUUGAUAAUAAGAAGCUUGUUGCAGGAGUAUUUCUAGAUAUAAAAAAGGCAUUUGAUACAAUAAAUCAUGAUAUAUUAAUAAAUAAACUAGAAAAAUGUGGGGUUAGAGGGACUAUUAAAUUGGAUAAAAAGUUACUUAAAAAUAGAAAUAAUGUACAUAUGGAAAAUGCUAUCUCUGAAUGUUUGGAUAUUGCUUGUGGGGUUCCUCAGGGUUCAGUAUUGGGGCCUAAAUUAUUCAUUAUACACAUAAAUGAUUUAUGUAAUAUGACAAAAAAUAUUAAAAAUUUUUAUUUGCAGAUGAAAAGAUGACACGAAUGUCUUUUUUGUUGGAGAUGAUAUGGAGCAGUUGCUUGGUGAUGUGACUGAAACUAUGGAUAAACUGAAAUUAUGGUUUGACAGGAAUAAGUUGUCCUUAAAUCUGACCAAAACAAAAAUAAUGCUAUUUGGGAAUAGUAAGUCAAAUAAAGAUAUCAAAAUAAAGAUAUAUGGUGUAAA